UGUUCUCCAUAGUGACGCGCUACGCCAUCUUGCAUUCAGCGAGCGUCGAGCUCAAUAGAGACGCUGUUUGCGCUUUGCCCUACAACAAGUGAAAUUUUGUAGAGAUGAGUAGUCACAGUUCCCGCAACGAAACUGCAGCCGCCGCGGUAAACGGCUCGGAUUCAACCGCAGCGACUGCCCGAGAUCGGAAGACGGGAGGCGGCGUUCUGAAAAGGCUUAAAUCGAGACGAAAUCAAGUGGAGCGACGGCCUGUAACGGAGGACGAGCUGCGCGCGCUGGAAAGAGACAUCACUCCGGAUGAAGUUUUGGGACUCCGCGCAGUCACUCGCGAUUAUCUGUGUAAACCAGAGGACAAUAUCUAUAACAUUGACUUCACACGCUUCAAGAUCAGAGACUUGGAGACGGGCACAGUGCUUUUUGAGAUUGCCAAACCCCCACAUUGCGACCCUGAUGAGGAAGAUGAGGAAAAUGGAGAUGCUGACAUAAGUGCUGGACGCUUUGUUCGUUACCAGUUCACUCCGGCGUUCCUGAAAUUACGCACAGUUGGAGCCACCGUGGAGUUCACAGUUGGAGAUCGUCCCGUUAACAACUUCAGAAUGAUCGAGAGACAUUAUUUUCAGGAGCGUCUACUGAAAAGCUUUGACUUCGACUUUGGUUUCUGUAUCCCAAACAGUCGGAACACUUGCGAGCACAUCUACGAGUUCCCCCAAAUCCCAGAUGACCUCAUCCGUUUGAUGAUUGAGCGCCCAUAUGAGACCAGAUCAGAUAGCUUCUACUUUGUGGACAACAAGCUCAUCAUGCACAACAAGGCAGACUACGCUUACAACGGUGGCCAGUAGUGCUUUUCAGCAAGAAAUCAGAUAAUUGUUUGCUUGGAUAGUGUUUGCGUGGAUUGCACAGAACCACCCCUCACUAUCAACAACACGCGGUGAUGUCACCAGCAUUGUGAUCUGACACCAGACCCACCCAACUGGAAAUGACCGUCCCUCCGUGAAGUUCCUGCAUUCCACAGACAACGUGUGCAGCUUGUGGAUUUGGCCAAAAAUGGAGCCGUUUUCCUUUACUAUGGAAAUGUCCUGUUGUCCAGUCCCAGGGCAAUCACAAUAGAAUUGUUCUUUUAUUUGUUUUCCUUACUGCAUCCACCCAACUUUUUUCUUUUUUUUUGUGAGAUUUUAUAAUACUUGAAGUGAUCACCCACCUAAACCUUGAAUAUAUAUUGAGAUUGUUUUUUUAGAAACAUCAUUUUAUUUUUUACAUGCAAAAUUAAGUGUUUGACAUACAUCUUCACAGCCCACUGUGUGUGAUUUUUAAAAAGAGGGUUAUUGUCCAAGUUAAUCAUUUAGUUGACAAACCAGCAUUAUUGUGGAGUGUGUAUACUACUAAUGUACCAAAAUGAGACCAGGAUGUUUUAUUCACAAGAGUCAAUUUCAUAGGAAGUGCAUUCCUGGGCAUUUGAUCAGGGUUUUGCUGCAAAGAAUGUGAAGACUAUUUUAGUCAUCAUGAUCCAAAAACAAUACAGUUGAUAGAUCUAAAGAUGCAUUGUUUGACAAACCAAACUGACCUUAUAUGGGGACCAACAAUUUGGCCACUUGUUAACCAAUUGCUUUAUUUUACAAGGUGUUGUUUUUGGUUUUGUCAAACCACAGAAGCCUGUAUCUGACAGAAAUUGAGUUGUGGCAGAUGGAUUUUGCAUUUGUGUGUCGCAUACUGUCUGUUGUGUUUAUAGGACGUCUGUCUUUGACGUAUGUGAGGGCUUUUAAUGUCAGAGUUGGCUGUUUUCCACUGUGCAUACAGAAUCCAGUUUUCAAUAACGUCGGGUUCAUGUCACGCACACAGCGGGAUGAGAUUCCCAAAGUGGUGUCUUUGUACACCUUUCAAGCUAGCUUUGAUGUUUAUCUUUGAUCCAGUUGUACCUGAUGUUAAAUGGUGGCUGUGAUGUGAUCAGUGAAUUCAUUAGGAGCGUUGAAUGGGACUGGCUGAGAAAUUAUGUAUAAAAAUCAACCAAGAAACAAACAGGAAAGCCCUCUUUAAUCAAUAUUACACUGCAUUAGAUCAAUCAAGUAAAUCAUCCAGAAUUGUUGGUAUACAUCAGAUGCAAAGUAGACAUUUACAAACAAGUUAGUUCUCAACUAAGUUGACUUGCUUACAAACUUAAGUGUCCUUAGGAAAGAGACUUUGAGGAUCAAUGUUUAUUAAGUAUUUGUAGAUUUGUGAAGUUUUUGACUGAAGCCUUACCCAGCAAUGCUGUUUGUUUACAUUGGUCUGCAGACCAUUUGUCCUGUUACUGUCUUUAGUGGUAAUUUUCUGAAUAGCGUUUGGUCCAAAUAUUACCCAAUACACACUUUAUACAAGAUCCCAUUUCCAAGCUAAAAUCUUUGUUUUUGGCCCCUCCUAUUUUCUUCUUUCCAACCUCGUUUUUCAGGCCUCUGAAAUUAUUUUAGAUACUGCAUGAGAUGUAACAAAGCAUCUUGUCAUGAAGAUUGAUUAUGAACACUAAUAGUGUGUAUUUAUUCAUACUAAAGUUUUAGGUAUGCUGCUCAUGCUUAAACUUUAUUUGUUGUGUAAAAUGUAAACGGGAAUACAUUGUUUUUUAUGUAGCCAUUCAUCAUGUCA